AUGGAGAACCAUGGAAUUGUGUACCCACCAACGCCUUUAGAAUUAUCACCUGAAGAUGAACGAGCAAUCGAAAUGAUCGCCGACCGCCUUGUAGCGGAGGCUUUACACGCCAGUGAGGACUUUGCAGCUCAAGGGCGUGUGGUCGACCCCAGCAGCUGGAAGCGAAUCAAGGAGAAAGACAACAUCGUAGUGUACCAGAACAUGUCGGAUCUUCGCUCUACCUGUACCAAACGCGAAAGAGUCUGGAGCGAAGAUACCGUCGUGGUGGCCGCGUCUCCGCAGAAUCCCACGUUCUAUCCAAGCAACCGGUCUCUCGAAGAUGAUAUGUUCAGAGACGGAUUCCACAACAUCGACGACUACGACUCUGAAGACGAGAGGAGUCUACAUCACGACGACUUUACAAAAUUUGGCGCAAAAGCUGGAGCAGAAAUCAGCGUGUUGGAAAAAUUUCGACCUGCCAAUGUCCCCACGGUAUUCUCACAUGGAACUUUCCCUGGAACGGUAGAGGACAUGGCGUUUGCGAGCUUAGCAGACACUGACGAACGUAGCCGCACACGUUUCAACACGAGUAAAGACAAUGUGGUGGAAGAUAUGAGGAUUUUAGCACAGAUCCACGGCCCGACCAAGGAAGACCCGUUCCGGUUUCUUGGGGUCAAAUGGUGCACUAGCAUGGCCAGUCGAACGGUGUCGCUGAUCGUAAAGCCACGAGAUUACUUGAUCAUCGAGGCAACCGGCAUGGCACUCGACUCGAACGGAGAACGUUUUGCCUAUUUUCUUAACCACUCGAUCGAGUUGGAUCAGGUGCCUGAUUUUCGAGAUUUUGGCCUGGUGCGUACAGUUUUUUCUGCUUGCCAUAUCAUGAAGCCAUGUCAGAACGGAGAGGCCGUGGACGCGUACGCCAGGGGCUAUCUGAUAAUAGGAGGCAACUUUAGUGUACGUCUUAGCGCGAUUCAGUUCGCUGAAGGUCUGAUUGCGUUUCCACGCGUAUUGGAGGAAUCGUAUCUGAAGAAACUGGCGUGGUUGAUGCACGACCAGCAUCGAUGGAGCUCCAGUAGCGGCAGUACGAGCGAAGGCAGCAGUUUCAGUAGCAACGGUUCAGCGUCUUUACUAGACAAAGUUGGUAGCUGUCCAUGUUGCCAUGGCAAACUUUCAGCAAGAAGAUUAGGAGGCUUUAUGGAGAAAAGUUCAGGAUGCAGACUCUGUCGAAAGUUCGUUUGCCACAAGUGCACAGUCAAGAAAAUGCUGCCGGUCGAGGGUGCACGUGGGCGACAUAUGAAGAAGAAAGAACGCGAGUUCUGCUUAGACUGCUACCUGAAAGCAAAAAGGAUGCCUGCGUGGCAUGUAGCAGUGGCGACGCUAACCAAGUCGUAA